AGACAUCCGGAAAAGCAAGUGACUUGAGUUUGGUUUGGUGCAAGCUCUUUUAUUUCGGAUUUUCUAAUUUUGUAUUCACACCUUCAUUUUAUUACAAAUUACAAGCGUCUUUCAUGAAAAUAGGCGAACACUGUAUUUUCAGCCAUGGCGGCAGAAGAGGAUAAUAACAUAGAAGCAUUGAAGUCAUCUCUUGCUCAGUACAAGACGCAGCUAUCAGAAAUAGAAGAAGCUAUUAAAUCUAGUUCUGAUGAGAGCACGAAAGGAGAUCUUGUCCAACUUGGAAGUGAUAUUCAAGAACUGAUUUCCCUCACAGAAGAGAACCUGUCACAGCUAGAAUCAGCAAGUAGAAAAAAAGCUUUCCAAGAUGAGCUUGCUCAAUUUGAUGCUGAAAUUGAGAAUUUGGAGGGUAGUGGUAGCAAUGAGCCUGAAGCCUCCAAUUUAGCAGAUAUACAGAACGAGCUAGAACAUAUAGUAGGAUCGAAAUGUCAAGCCCCUUUUGAUCAUUUUGGCGAAUCAAGUUAUCACAAUGCCCUUGUUAUCAAUGUAGAAACUCCAGACGAAGUAUCGUCAAUGGACGAUAUCAUGGUGCAAAUUUUGUUCGUGAAUCCGAUCUAUAAAAAUAUGGUACCCUGUCCGUAUUUUCUGGAGGGUGAUUGCAAGUUUUCAGCGGAUCAGUGCCACUUUUCUCAUGGACAUGCAGUACCAUUCAUUGAAUUGAAGGAAUAUAAGGAGCCUGAUUUUAGCAAAGCUGUGCCGGGAUGUGCUGUGCUAGCCAAGAUGGGAGAUGGCCUUUGGAAAAGAGCAAUUCUUAUAAGCCGGCUGGAUGACACAACAUGCUCAGUCAAAUUGGAGUCUUCCGCCUCAGCUGAAAUGGAAAUUCAGCUUCAGGAUAUUUUACCUCUUGAGACUUCUGCUGGUGAAGAUCUAUCCGAUUCUGACUCGUCAUCGUCAUCUGAAGAAGAUGGAGUGAACAAUGUGGAAGAACUCGACGAAAGGAAGCUUGCCUUAAUUAAUGAGACUUUGCUAAAUCCCCAGACUCGCUCUGCUCUUGGUGCUUGGGAGAAACAUACAAAAGGUAUUGGAUCUAAGUUGAUGGCUAGCAUGGGAUACAUUGCUGGAACUGGUCUCGGAAAGAACUCAGAUGGUAAAGUUGAUCCAGUGGAAGCUGUUGUUUUUCCAACUGGAAAAUCUUUAGAUUAUUGCAUGAAACUAAAGGAAAGUUCUGGUGACAAAGAUCUCUUCCAAGCUGAAAGGAGGCGAAAAAGACACGCUGCCAAGAUGGAAAAAGCGCGAAAACAUAGCUAUGAAAGAGAGAAACAAAGAGGUUUCUUCUUCUCAUUCCUUAAUGAACAGCUGGCAGGACCGUCUACCCCAGCUCCUACGCAAAAAAGCAACGUAUCAUUGAAGAAUUCUAGUCUCAAAGGAUUGAAUGUGGAUAGCAUGAGAGUAGGUGAAGAUAUCAAGAGAGUGAGUAAGGACAUCGUCAAACUAAAAGAAUCAUUAAGCAGACAUGCAACUGGAUCUGCUGUACAUAGUAGUAUUUCUAAUAAGUUGAGAAUGGCUCAAAAUGAAUUGUUCGGUCUACAAAAUAGAGAAAAUAGUAUCAACAAAGAGAAAUCUGACAGGAAGAGCCGAGAAAAAAUGAGUGUUUUCUAGUUCUGGGUGAAAACUAGCUUUUUUUGGAAGAAGAGCAAACGUUUUUCCCUGAACAAAUGUCAUCCAUGAACUGACAGAGCUUGCUGUAUUGCAGACCACUUUAUGUUCUGUUGGAUAAACGAAGACUGUCUGAAUAUGAAGUUGACUUUUCACUUCAUUUCAUGGACAGACAAACAUGUCCUGCGCAAUUUCUGCUUAGAACUUAGGAGUCUUGACCAUAAAAUGAUCUCGGGCUUGAAAGCAAAAAUCAAUUUGACUAAAAAUAAACAAAGUUUAUUCUGUACAAGAAGUGGAACAAUCUGGGGUGAAAUUUUGAAUAAACUAUACAUCUUAGGCAAGCACUCAGACAACAUAUUUAACAUCAGUUUGUAGGACAUCUAGUAAAAGACAGGUUUUAUUCAGGACACAAGUCUUUCUGUUUUUUGGGGAACCAAUCUCUCGUUUACAGUUACUCAACUUUUAAGGGCUCGGCUAAGAGAGACAUGGUCACUUGAGAAUAGGUUCAAUAGAACGGACUGAAUACUACUUUACGAAUGGAUAGAGUGAAGCAAAAAAGUCAUCUAUAUUGCGAUGUUUCAAAAUCACAUCUCCUAUUUUAACGUUUUGGAAGGAAACCAACGAACAUCCUCAGUCAAAAAUUGUUGCAAUUUAUCUUUCCCAUAUGAAGGUUAUUUUCACAAAAUUUUAAGCAAAAGUGUCAGUUGGUUCCCUUCCAAAAAAUUGAAAUAGGAGAUGAGAUUUUGACCCAGUGCAAUGUUGAUGUGACUGUUUGGCUCAAAAAAGAGGAGAUUUGACUUCGAAGUAAGUUUUCUCGAAGAUUGAAAAUGUAAAAUGAGAAGAAGUUGACUGUAUCUUUCAUAGUGAAUACGACUUUGCGUCCUGUACAAAAUUUGUCUACAUCAACUAUGAAGGAA